GUCCUUCUUCCGAAGAUACUCAGAGUAAGACGAGAAGUUCGCGGACAUUAAACGUUGACAUCAUAAAGAAUAACAUUGAAAUCAUGAAUAAUAUCGGUGAUAUCAUUAAGAAUAAUGUUGAUAUCAUUAAGAAUAACGUUGAUAUCAUUAAGAAUAACGUUGAUAUCAUUAAGAAUAACGUUGAUAUUAAGAAUAACGGUAAUAUCAUUAAGAAUAACGGUGAUAUAAUUAAGAAUAUACUAAACGGUAAUAAGGUGGGUGCGUUUGGAAACGUACUUGAUAACAGCGUUCGACGUCACCUUGCUGGCUCUGGGGAGGCAGAGUCCAGUAGUGGUAACCACAACACAGUCCUAGUGAAAAAUACUCCCACUGGGAAUAUAAACAACGUAAGCACAAAUAACAGUGGUAAUACACAAGUAACCACCACUAAUUUAUACAACAAAACAGAGAAUACAAUGACUGUUAGUGGUUCACCGCUGUCUAUUUCAGGAGUCUCCACAACAACGAGUCUCGGGUACUCGCCCGACCUUACGGAAAUGUACAUCACAAUCCCAUCACAAACAUCAAGAAGAUUCGAUUUUCGAACAACACUCAAAAACAAGCCAGGAGUUCCAGUAGCACUCAGUGUUUCCCAGUCAACAGAAGGUGUUCCAAUAGCACUCAGUGUUUCCCAGCCAACAGAAGGUGUUCCAAUAGCACUCAGUGUUUCCCAGUCAACAGAAGGAGUUCCAGUAGCACUCAGUGUUUCCCAGCCAACAGAAGGUGUUCCAAUAGCACUCAGUGUUUCCCAGUCAACAGAAGGAGUUCCAGUAGCAUUCAGCGUUUCCCAGCCAACAGAAGGAGUUCCAGUAGCAUUCAGUGUUUCCCAGUCAACAGGAGUUCCAAUAGCACAAACUGUUCUCCUGCCAACAGUAAUUUCAUUAGUAUAUGAUCAUUCUCUUUUAAGACAAUUAUCAACAACUGAUACUUUUCUUGCUUCAGAGAACUUAAACAUUUCAUUAGUUUACUUUUCUGGGAAAGACGAGUUGGCUCCAAGAAGUUCAGGAACAAGAGUUCCAACCCCGCCUGCAUCUUUACUUCCAGUUGGUUAUGAAGCCUCCUUUCCAGUGAGAGACCUGCUAGCAACUACAGCAAGUGUCCCACCUGCACCUACAGCAGCAACAAGUGUCCCACCUGCACCUACAGCAGCAACAAGUGUCCCACCUGCACCUACAGCAGUAACAAGUGUCCCACCUGCACCUACAGCAGUAACAAGUGUCCCACCUGCACCUACAGCAGCAACAAGUGUCCCACCUGCACCUACAGCAGUAACAAGUGUCCCACCUGCACCUACAGCAGUAACAAGUGUCCCACCUGCACCUACAGCAGCAACAAGUGUCCCACCUGCACCUACAGCAGCAACAAGUGUCCCACCUGCACCUACAGCAGCAACAAGUGUCCCACCUGCACCAACAAUGCAUUAUAAAGCCUCUAAUUUACAGGCGGAAGCCACCGCUUUUCUCACAAUUUUCCCUUCAAAAGUAAAUGAGUCAAGUGUGUCACUCGAUCUCCCUAAGAAAAUGAGGCUCGCAUCUCACGAAGUCUCGCUUCCAAGGCUUCCUCUACGGGAAAAUCAACUGGCCUCUGAGCACUUAAGGCCAAGAGAUCUUCGAAAUCCAAAUGUUGUUCUCCCUGUCUCUGGAUCUAUAGAUUCUGAACCGAUAGAUAGGCUGGUUCCUGGAGCAUUCGUUACAGGAACAACCAUUCAGGAGAAUUCUGAAAUCUCUCCGUUAAAUUCAAGACCAUAUUUAGCUUCCGAUUUCUUUUUUACACUUCGAGGAAAUGCAACCGGACUUCGAGAGUCUCUCGAAGGAGAUGUUAAGCCAAAUAAUGACUCCUCAAGAACGAUUUCAGAAAACUAUAUACUUGUGGACAUUACGGUUAAUGCGACAGGUGUGUCCUUAAAGACUGAUGGGCGUCAGAUAUACACCGCUCUCAACCACACCAUGGCCUGGGGCAGGGGCCGGGCUCGGCUCCACGCAGGUCUCCACUUGAUCACACUGCACCAGGAUACGGGUCAAGUGAUGGCAGCGGAUUCCUACAUGACCUGGCAGCCGACGAGUGAGGGUCAGUUCCUGGCCGCACUCCACCACACACAACGCGGCCGCUUACUGGUCAUCGCUGGAGCUCCGGACUUCACGUCGUCGCUGGGAGAAGCGACAAUACGGGUGCUGGAGGAGAUAGGCGCCCUCUACAUCGACAGGUUGGCCUACAAGGACGCGUGGUGCCUGCUGGUGCACAAGGGCGGCGGGGUGCUGCUCGAGGCCCUCACCACCUCUCUCCCACUCCACAACCUCACCGAGUGGGACGUGUCGCCCCUCACUCUUCAUGCCUCUGUACCUCGCAAGACAGGUGGAGGGUGUGGGUGGUAUGGCGUGGCGGGGCUGCAGGAGAGGGCCGCCUUCUGUGACACUUAUGACGGUUAUGGUGACUUCUGCACCUGUCACCACCCGCCCUGGUCGCCCCUCCCACAACACCCAGUGGAGUACGAGAUGAAGGAGGUGAUCCCUGUGGCCAUAGUGACAGCUCGCCGGCUGCCCCACGUCCUGCGUCAGGUGGGGCAGGUGUGGGCCAGCCCCGGCGGCACCAACACACCCAUCACCAUCUUUGUCGACGGCCACAACCCCGAGGCCCAGGCGCUGGCUGCCCUCCUCCACCUUCCUCUAGUCCAACACUACGACGCCGUCCCCAGAGGUUCGAUAAAAAGUGUCAACAAUCAUAUAAGGUUUGUCUUAACGAAGGUGUUUGAGCUCUACCCUGAGGCCGACAAGGCUAUCAUCCUCGAGGACGACCUCGAUCUCUCUCCGGAUUUCAUCCCGUACUUCCACCAAACAGCGUCGCUGCUCGAGACAGACCCCAAGUUGCUGUGCGUGAACGCCUACAACUACAACGCCUUCAACCACACGGCCCUCGACCCCACGCGCCUCUACAGGGUCCACGGGGCCCCUGCCUACGGCUGGAUGGUCAGGAGGAAUGUGGGCACGGAGAUGAUCAACAACUGGGUUCCUACGGACCAGGAUAUGGACUGGGACCUGUGGGUGCGAGCGGUCAUCAUGGGUGAUCGGGACAUCCUGGUGCCGGAGAUCCCACGCACCAAGCACCGUGGGGGAGGGGGAGUCCACGUCACCGGUAUAGAACAAGAGCAGUACUACAACCAGCGGCCCCUCAACGCUCUCCUCAACGUCACCCUCGACCUCCACGGGGCAGAGCUGCACAACUACCUCAAGUUGCACACAAACAACAUCCGUACAGGACAUGUGGUGCACUUCAGUAAGCACCCGUGUGUGGAGCUGCCCAUACCCCGGCACCAGGUGAACCAGAGCUACGUGGUGUAUGUGGACCAGCCGAAUGAGCUGAAGAGCUCCUCUGGGGCCUACUACGUCGCCGCCAGGUGUCUGGGCCUCGAUGACCACAUCUUCCACGAGAACCUGCAGAUGAUGUACACAGCUUCCUUCUACGGGAACCAGCUCUACGUCGUCGGCUGCCCCAACUCCCCCUUCUGCAUGACUAAGGACGCAGAGAAGAUCUACAGAGUGACACAGGAGGACGUGGAUUACGCGGACAACCAUCCCUUCAGGAGGAUCCCCAGCACCCAGCACGUGGCCCUCAGGGCACCGCCCCUCUCACUCUCAGAUGAGCUCAAUCUCACCAAUCUCCUACACUAUGACGUAUAG